AUGAAUAAAUGUUUUAUUUGUAAAAGCAUGUACGUCCCAAUGUGUAUUUUGAAUGCAAUUAACCAUUUUAUGCUGAAUAUGGUGCUGAUUUGGAUUUGCCAUUUUGCAAACCUGGCAAUAAAAAAGCAGCUGAUAGAUAGAAGAGGUUGCAAACAGAGGCUUGAAAGACAAGCUGAUAAAAUGCUUACCCAAUCGCAAUACAAAUUCCCACCUGUUUAUAUAGGUGUUUUAAUAAAAAUACCAGAGGUAUGUCAUGGAGAUCUAGCUCCUCGGAAUGUAUUAGCAAACACUAUAGAAAAGACUGAUCAAGAUUUGUACAUUCUCGGCACUAAAAAUGUAAAAUUAAAACGGUUAUAG